CGGAGUUAAAAUGUUAAAAAUGUAUGCAUUGUUUGCAUUGUUUGGAUGUUAGUUCAUUAGAGUUUCUAAAAUGAAUGAAAAUACAUCACACGUGUUUAGUGGCAUUUGGUAUGGUAGGCCUAAAUAAGAUUCAGUUUAAAAGUAACUUACACAACAAUGAGAUCCCGUCAAACAGUUGUGCGUAACGCAGUGAGGUCUAGGCCUGUGUAAUCAUUAAGCGGGCCUGUGUGUGGCGGCUACUGAAUGACUCCCAUUUCAACUAAAUCCAGUGAACAGUUAGAACAGCUCGUGGCUAUCAGUCCAUUAACACGAUAUCAUCAAAUAAGCUAUCAUUCAAACUUAUUUGUGGCUUCAUUUGGAGUCUUAAGAUUUUUUUCUAAAAUAUGAUACAUAUAUAGGUCAAUACCUACAUAUUUACCAAUUUAAGAAUCACAUGUUUUUUAUUUAUUCUUUUAAGCCGAGUUGAUUUUCAAGUGUUCCCUGUUUCAUGCAAAGCUUUAUUUGACGCAUAAAAGCGCCUGCUUUAGAGAUCCGUGUGGCGCUGGUUAAACGCUUACGAGAAUCUGCUUUACUUUAGCACCCUUUGAGCUGUCAGUGGCACGAAAAAUAAUUAAACUUUUGGAUCACUUUGUAAAUGGUUUUGCUUGACCUCGGUGGCCUAUCGCCUCUGCGUUUAGACAGCAUGUAACUAAUACGCAUAGACAUCAUCUUAGUAACCCAUGAUGGAGAAAACUGGAUUUGGUUGUGCUUUUGUGAUGUUUUUUUUUUCCACACCUGUAAUAUUAGCUUUUUCGUGCUAUUGGGGAGGGUCUUUAAAACAGACAAGUUGGUAUAAAGUUCAGUCGUAAACUUCAGUUGACCCCUGCAGCAUGCUCUCUUCUCUUUCCAGUAUCCAUAUCAUUUUGAGCAUUUUGAGCACAGCGGCCUUUGGGGCAAACUUCUUGUGUCUUUUUUAUAAGAUUGACAUGCGUUUAACAGAAUUGUUGUUGGUUUGUUUGUCAUAAGUCACAAGACAGAGACCAAUUCCCAGUGCGUAAAACUUGACCAGACAGAGCAGUAAUUAUGUGACGCAUAUGGUUUCCUUAAGAAACCAUUUUUGGCUUAAAAUUGCUUGGGCCAUUGCCGUCGUCUAUAUAUACCCUGUAGAACCGAAUUUGUGUGAUAAAAGUACAGUCACAGAUUCGAUUCUAGGGGAGUAUGUGGUCGAUGAACAAACGUCGAUUUAUUGACUUGCUGCAAUCUUUUUUGGGCUCGUUGAGUGUUUGACGUGUUGUCAGGUGAUCCAGUGACACAGUGAAGUCCAGAAAUAGAACAGGAUCUUACAGGACAGAGCACAUUUGAGACUUUAGGCUACAGAAUGGAACUUUAUCUGUGUGGUAACGUGACCUAAAAUGUUUCACUUGAUAAUUAUCAGUGUGGAAAAGGGGUGGACUGAGAAUAACACAGCACACAUUUGAGCAGUUUGUGUUUUAUUGCUCUGUGGCUCGCGGUGGCUCUUCAUUAUUGAUUCCCUGGGCUGGCUGCGCCCCUGCCUCUGGCCAAUGGACUCCAGAGACGCAGCAGUCAAAGGGAAGGCAGCAGAUGAAGUGAUGGGAUUCGAGUAACUUUUGGAUGACCCCUGUCCCGACAAAGACACUGUCCAUCAAUUGUCCGCAGUCGUUCUUUUGUGCUUUUAUGCCGAGGGGCUAUAGUAACCUUUGUUGGAACCUGCACUGCCUCCAAGAAAACUCACACAAACUGUUUUUUCCCCUCAAAUGUAUAAACCUGUACUUUGUUUUACCCAACUUUAAUCAACUUUUAUUGUGCGAAGUUGAAGACAUUACCUAAAAUAUUAUGUCUGAGGCAAAAUCUACAAACUCUGCCUGACUCACCGCAGAAUUGUGGUAAGACUUUGUAAUCUACACGCCUUUUUAAUUCCGCUCCUCUUUCCAGGUCUAAUUUGGGAGUAGGUUACGUUGGAUUCAAUUGCUUGUAGUUGUGUGUUUACCCGUUUAUCAGCUUGCAUCACCUCCAUUGGCCGAUUUGGUCACAUGGUUCGCUAACUUUAUUCAGUUGACACGAAAGUAGGAGGGCUUUAUGGAGGGAGGAAAAAAAGACAACUCGAGAAAAAUUAGUAUUUUCUAUCUUCAGAAAUUAAUGGCCAUGAGUUCGUAUAUGGUGAACUCUAAGUAUGUGGAUCCGAAAUUUCCUCCAUGUGAGGAAUAUUCCCAAAAUAACUAUAUACCUGAGCAGGGCGCGGAGUACUACAGCCCGGCGCAGGACACUGACUUUGAGCAUCCAGGGAUCUACCCACGGUCCAACUUCACGGAGCAGUCCUUCGGCUGCAACACGGUUCAGGAGCCCACGGUGCCGCCACGGGGUCAUGUGCACGACAGGACGCAGAGCCACUCGGAUCCCUUCAGCACACACGGGGAACAGGGGCCCACGGUUCAAGCGACCGGAGACAGGACGUGUGGCCAGCAGCAGAACACAAAGAGCCACAACGGGCAGCAGGGCAAGCAGCCAGCAGUGGUUUACCCCUGGAUGAAGAAAGUGCAUGUAACGACUGUGAACCCAGAUUACACGGGGUCCGAGCCUAAACGGUCCAGAACAGCUUACACGCGGCAGCAGGUCUUGGAGCUAGAGAAAGAGUUCCACUUUAAUAGGUACCUGACCCGGCGGCGAAGGAUUGAGAUCGCGCAUACACUUUGUCUAUCCGAAAGGCAAAUCAAAAUCUGGUUCCAGAACCGACGCAUGAAAUGGAAGAAGGACCACAAACUGCCCAACACCAAGGGCAGAUCUGCCUCUGCAGUGGGCAACCAUCUGCACAAGGAGCCCCAUACGGACAUCACCACGUUAUAAGAAAUACACAGGAGUGGACUGUACGGAAAAGACAAGGCUGCAUUCUGACCUCUGCAUGGAACUGCUAUGAUUUUUUUUUUUUUUUUUUUAAGAUUUAUUUAAAACAACCUAAGCAGUGUUUCUGACUUUCAUCUUGCUAAAGAAACAAUCAGUAAAGUUUCAAAUACAUCAGCACAAAGGUAUAAAACUAUAUUUUAAACGUUUAAAUUAACAUUUCCGUAAUUUGUAUGGACAAAUUUUUUUCACCUCACGUGGAUUUACGUUGCUUUGAACCUCCAAUGGUCUUUUAGGCAAAAAGAUGACACCAUUCAUAUAAUUACGCACACAUAAUAAAAGCUGUUUUUUUUCCAAACAUAAUGCACAAAAUGCCUGAAUCUAUACUUGAACGAAUUUUACAUAUAGAGCACGCCAAACCGUUUGCAUUUUUAGAGAUGCUAGGCCUACAGAAUGCUAUAGAAUAGGUCACUUUCUUUAUUGGUUUUAACUUAUUUUAUAGAAAGGCUUUGGCUUUCUCUUAGCCUAAAUGUGAUCAAGGCUAAAUCCAGACAUUCCUGUGUGCAAACUAUUCCGAGUGCCCUUAUAAAUCUCUCCUGACACCUUUGUAAACAAUGUACAUUUUCAGAGCUUCUCUCGUGCCAACUGAAACUCUUUAUAAAAGAUCUUUUGUUAUUUGCAUGGCAUAAAAUUGAUAUUGGAUGUUUCUCAUCGGAAAGAAUGAAACAGAGUAUUUAGGAACAUAAUUAUUUUUUUUCUUUACAUGAGUUAUUAUUUAUUUGUUUAAAAUUUGUACAUUUUACUAUAGCAAACAUACAAUUUUAAAUAAAAGUAUUCGUUGAACUGCUUAUGAAUUGGUGUGCGUUUAUAGCAUGAUAUAGAUUUUUAGUUGAUUUGAGAAUGUGGGCCGGGGGGUAAACAGAACUCGUUUCUUAUCAUUUUGGGCAAAAAAAAGUGUUCAACCAGCUCUGAGAGCGUUUUUGUGACUUGUAGACAAGGUAUUUCAAGCCAAAAGUGGACAAAGCAACGCGGCCAGGUUCAUCCAGAGGCCACCAUGAGCCGCAAGGACUGACCUCCAGCCCCUGACCCGCGGACAGAGCGCAUAACUGCUACAGCUUUAAAGCAUAUCGCAGAAUGGACCAGAUUAUCCGCAGUAACCGUUACAAUUGUGCGCAUUUGCAACAAGCGACAAAAAGUCGAGGCGUGCGCAAAUGCCUGUGCACCUUAGAGCCAUUUUUAUUUUCUGUAAAUGCUUCCUUAUGUUCUGCAUUGCAUUGUGCGUUUUUUUUUUUUUACUGAGUUUACAAACACUUUAAACGUGCGCAAAUGUUUUCAUUGUUUUUUAUUUAUUAUUAUAAUUAUUGUUAUAAUUAUUUUUACAGACCAAAUUUGUUUCAGUAUUUUACAACAUAGUUAACCAUAUUGAAUUUCAAUUGGAAAAAAAUAAUGAUCGUGCGGCCAUUUGGCCUUUUGCAAAGAUUCACUAUUGUGCCAAAUUUGCCACUUUCACAUUU